AUGCCCUGCACCAAGGAGCUCCAAAUCGACAAAUCCCUCCCUGUCCUUGUGACGGGUGGAACUGGAUAUGUGGCUGGGGUACUCAUCUCACAGCUCUUGGAUAAGGGAUUGACUGUCCACACCACGGUUCGUGAUCCCUCCAAGAAGGACCGCAUCCAGUAUCUUCAGGACGUGGCUGAUAAAUCCAGUGGCUCUAUCAAGUUUUUCAAGGCAGAUUUGCUUACUCCAGGAGCCUUUGAAGAGGCCAUGCAGGGAUGUUACGCUGUUUUUCACACGGCUUCGCCAUUCACAAGCGAAAUCAAGGAUCCAACCAAGGAUCUCGUGGAACCAGCUGUGCAUGGGACUGAGAACGUCCUUCUUCAAUGCAACAAGACUCCUUCGGUAAGACGUGUCGUUGUUACUAGCAGCUGUGUUGCAAUCUACACGGAUGCCAAGGAGACAAAGGAGGAAAGCCCGACCAAUGAAGAAACCUGGAAUCGCACGGCCACCUUGACGCAUGGUCCCUACGCUUUGAGCAAAACCCUGGCAGAACAAAAGGCUUGGACCAUUGCCGGUGGACAGAACCACUGGACACUUUGCACCAUUAACCCUAGCUUGGUUGUAGGACCCGGAUUGAAAUACCAUGAAUCUUCGGAAUCUUUCAAGCUCAUCAAGUCCUUGGGGAGCAAUGAUCCCAACAUGGCCAUGGGAGUACCUGAUUUUGGAUUGUCUUGUGUGGAUAUCCGUGAUGUUGCAGCUGCACAUAUUGCGGCAGCAUACUUGGAAAGUGCUGCUGGACGCCAUAUCUUGAGUGGACCAGGAUACUUCAUUAGUGAACUUGCUGAGGCCAUGGGCAAAAAGUAUGCGGAUGAGUAUCCUAUUGCUACCAAGAGGCUCCCUGGAGCGAUGAAGUAUAUCAUGUGGGUAGUUGCUCCAUUCAUGGGUCAAGGGCUGGACCGAAAGUCGGUGAUGGACAAUGUUGGGUACAAGUGCCACUUUGACAAUACCAAAUCCAAGGAAUCUUUGGGCAUUGAGUAUAUUCCCAUGGAAACCAGCGUUCAAGAAAUGUACCAGCAAAUGAUCGAUGAAAAGGUUGUUGAGCCCAUCACAAAGUGA